AUGGCCUUGAACCCGACGGAUAACCGUUGGUCAGCGGGGGAAGAUACCCCUUCCGAGACCCAGCUCCCCGAUGGCGAGGAACGCCUGGAUGCUGCUCCAGAUGAAAAGAUCACCCCUGAGGAUAUCGACCGCCGGUUGACAAACCUGGUCCGCAAGUUAAGCGCCCAAUCCCAACAGUCCCAUCAGUCAUAUCUCUUUAGCCGCGGUGAAAAUAGCAGUCUCAACCCCCAGAGCCCUUCGUUUGAUGCUAGAAAAUGGGCUCGAGCCUUUUACAACGCACGUUACCUGCAGGAUGAUGGCCGUCCACCUCGGGUGGCAGGUGUCGCAUUCAAAAAUCUGAAUGUAUUUGGGUAUGGCAGCCCCGUGGACUAUCAGAUGAGCGUUGGUAAUGCGCUCCUGAAGGCGCCGACGAUGAUCCGACAGGCCCUGGGAGGCGGGAAACAGCGGGUCGAUAUUCUGCACGACGUCGAGGGCCUGGUGCUUCCCGGGGAACAGCUGUGUGUCCUCGGUCCCCCUGGCUCCGGUUGCUCAACGUUUCUCCGAACGAUUGCGGGCGAGACCCACGGUCUGAAUGUCGAUGCGGCGUCAUAUAUCAACUACCACGGCAUCAGCCCCAAACAGAUGUCGACGGCUUUUCGCGGCGAGGCAAUCUACACGGCCGAGGUCGAUGCUCACUUCCCCAUGCUCUCAGUAGGAGACACAUUGUAUUUUGCCGCCCUUGCUCGUGCCCCGCAGGUGAUUCCCGGGGGUCUAACCCGACAGGAAUACGCCAAACAUCUGCGCGAUGUGAUCAUGGCCAUGUUUGGCAUUGGCCAUACAAUCAACACGCGUGUUGGGAAUGACUUUGUGCGUGGUGUCAGCGGAGGUGAGAGGAAGCGAGUCACCAUUGCCGAGGCCGCCCUGGGAUACUCGCCACUACAAUGCUGGGAUAAUAGUACCCGAGGUCUGGACAGUGCGAAUGCUGUGGAAUUCUGUCGGACAUUGCGCACGCAGAGCGAUGUCUUUGGAAUUACCUCAUGUGUGGCCAUCUACCAAGCCCCUCAAGCGGCAUACGAUCUGUUUGACAAAGUCCUUGUUCUAUAUGAAGGACGGCAGAUAUACUUUGGUGCUGCGCAGGCGGCCAAAGCCUACUUCGAGCAGCUUGGAUUCCAGUGCCCUGAAUCUCAGACCACGGCCGAUUUCCUCACCUCGAUGUGCAGUCCCGUUGAACGCAUUGUUAAACCCGGGUUUGAACACAUGGCUCCUCGGACACCAGAAGAGUUUGCGCAGCGUUGGAAGGAUAGUCCGCAACGGCAGUCCCUAUUGCACGCAAUCGAGAAGUACAGCACCGAGCAUCCGCUCGAUGGACCCGAUCUUCACCAGUUCGCCCUCUCACGUAGGGAAGAAAAGUCACCCCAUCAGCGAGAGAAAUCGCCAUACACCUUGUCCUACUGGGGACAGGUUAAACUGUGUUUGUUGAGGGAAUGGCAACGUCUCAAGAACGACCCCAGCGUCACAUUGGCCAUGCUCAUCGGAAACUUUUUCGAGGCUCUGAUCAUUGCCAGCAUCUUCUACAAUCUCGCUGGAGACACAUCCUCCUUCUUUUACCGCGGCGCCCUUCUCUUUAUGAUGGUCUUGCUCAACGCCUUUGCCAGUAUUCUCGAGAUUCUGACAUUGUACGAGAAACGCACCAUUGUGGAGAAACAGAGCCGCUACGCAUACUACCAUCCAAGUGCCGAGGCUGUAUCCUCCUUCAUCAUGAGUCUUCCAUAUAAGUUCAUGAAUUCUUUCUUGGUCAAUCUCACGCUAUACUUCAUGUCGAACCUGCGACGCGAGCCGGGCCCAUUUUUCUUCUUCCUGUUGAUUUCCAUGUCAAUGAUGCUGGCCAUGUCGAUGUUCUUCCGCUGGUUUGCAUCCUUGACCAAGACAAUCGACCAGGCCCUUGCCCCUUCGUCUAUCAUUCUGCUGGCCCUUGUUUUAUAUACUGGCUUUACCAUUCCUGUCUCGUACAUGCGCGGCUGGGCUUCAUGGAUUCGAUGGCUCAACCCCGUAUCAUAUGGCUUUGAAGCCGUCAUGAUUAAUGAGUUCCACGGACGUGAGUUCCCGUGUUCAUCUUUUGUACCAGCCGGACCAGGCUACGAGGAUGUAUCUAGUACGCACCGAGUAUGCUCGACUGUCGGAGCGACUGCUGGCUCAGAUGUCGUUUCUGGCGACGCAUUUGUCCGCUCCUCGUACGGCUACGUCAACAGCCACCGCUGGCGCAACUUUGGGAUCAUCAUCGCGAUGACCGUCUUCCUUGCUGUCUGCCAUUUUGUGACGACUGAGCUUGUUGCUUCGAAGCGGUCAAAAGGCGAGGUACUUGUAUUCCGACGUGGUAGCGCUCAUAUCGCGCGUGCAAAGCAGGGGCAGCGCGAUGAGGAACAGCCCUCUGCCUCUGCCGUGCCGAAUGAAAAGUACAGUGAGGCAUCGACCCCUGUUGCGGGUGUUGAGAAGCAGACAUCUAUAUUUCACUGGGAAGAUGUGUGUUAUGAUGUGAAGAUCAAAAGCGAAACUAGGCGGAUUCUCGACCACGUCGAUGGGUGGAUCAAACCUGGUACACUGACUGCUUUGAUGGGCGUCUCCGGGGCUGGCAAGACAACCUUACUUGAUGUACUGGCCAGCCGAACGACUGUCGGAGUCGUCACUGGCGAAAUGCUGGUCGACGGACGGCAGCGGGACAGUUCAUUCCAGCGAAAAACGGGCUAUGUGCAGCAGCAGGACCUCCACCUGGCUACUACGACCGUCCGUGAAGCACUCGAGUUCAGCGCUCUCCUGCGGCAACCACCGCAAUACAGCCGGACGGAGAAGCUGGAGUACGUGGAAAAGGUGAUUGAUCUGCUGCACAUGCGAGACUACGCCGACGCGAUUGUCGGCGUCCCCGGAGAAGGCUUGAACGUUGAACAAAGAAAACGGCUCACUAUCGGAGUGGAGCUGGCUGCCCGUCCCAAGCUGCUCUUGUUCCUGGAUGAACCCACGUCUGGCUUAGACAGCCAGACGUCCUGGUCGAUUUGUAACCUCAUGGAGACGUUGACUCGAAACGGACAGGCGAUCUUAUGUACUAUCCAUCAACCGUCGGCCAUGUUGUUCCAGCGCUUCGACCGACUUCUGCUCCUCGCCAAGGGAGGAAAGACAGUUUAUUUUGGGGAGAUCGGAUCGGGAUCCAGCACCUUGAUGGAUUACUUUGUUCGCAAUGGUGGACCCCCCUGUCCGAAAGGCGCCAACCCGGCGGAGCAUAUGCUCGAGGUGAUUGGCGCCGCGCCAGGAGCCCAUACGGAUAUCGACUGGCCAGCUGUAUGGCGCACUAGUCCGGAGUAUCAGCAAGUUCGCCAGGAAUUGUCUCGAUUGAGACAGCUGGCUGGUCAACCUUCGUCUGUGCAUUCGGAUGACCCAUCCAGCUACUCCGAGUUUGCGGCCUCGUACCCUGCCCAGCUGGGCCAGGUUGGUCGUCGCGUGUUCCAGCAGUACUGGCGGACGCCUUCGUAUAUCUAUUCCAAGGCGAUUCUGACUGUUGGCUCGUCCCUCUUUAUUGGUUUCUCCUUCUUCAAAGGCGACAACACCGCCCAGGGACUACAGAACCAGAUGUUUGGUGUCUUUGUUUUCCUCUUUGUCGUCAUCCAACUCAUCUUCCAAGUCAUUCCAACCUUUGUCACGCAACGAACUCUUUACGAGUCCCGCGAGCGCCAGUCCAAGACCUACUCCUGGCAAGCCUUCGUUCUCUCCAAUAUUGCCGUGGAGUUUGCAUGGAACACGAUCGCGGCGGUGCUCUGUUUCCUGGCGUGGUUCUACCCCGUCGGCCUCUACCGCAACGCAGAGUACACCGACACGGUCCAUUCCCGGAGCACCCUCGCCUUCCUCAUCAUCUGGGCCACCUUCCUCUUCGCCAGCUCCUUCGCACACCUCCUCAUCGCCGGCGUCGAGAGCGCCGAACUCGCCUCCGCGCUCGCAAACAUCAUGGGCAUCAUGAUGUACGCCUUCUGCGGCAUUCUCGCCGGCCCGCAUGCGCUCCCUGGUUUCUGGAUCUUCAUGUAUCGGGUCAACCCGUUCACGUACCUGGUUUCGGGCCUGUUGUCGACGAGUCUGGGUGAUGCGCCGAUGCACUGCGCUGCUAAUGAGUUCCUGGCUUUUUCGCCUCCUGCGAAUAGGACUUGUGGCGAGUACAUGGAGGAAUACAUGGCCUGGGCUGGGGGGUAUUUGUUGGAUUCAGCGGCGCGAGGUGAUGAUCAAUGCCGGUAUUGUCGUGUUGAUAACACGAGCCAUUACUUGAGGAAUUUUAGCAUCGACUUCGCGACUCGGUGGAGGGAUUUUGGGCUGCUCUGGGCGUAUGUCGCCUUUAAUACUUUUGGGGCGGUCUUCCUUUACUGGCUUUGUCGGGUCCCGAAAGGGAAGAAAAGACUGUAA